AUGCCCCACCUACCUCGAGCCUCUGCUCUAUCUGCUUUCCGUGCAGCUCCUCAAUUCCGCGCCUCUGUCCAUAAACGCUUCUUCACUCCUUCGGCAUACAACAUGGCCAUCAAAGCUUACUUCGAUUGCACCUGGAAGGGCCCCGUCGUCGAGGUUGACAACACUGGAAAGGUCACAAAGGUCGGCCAGGUCGAAGAACAGUCUGGUCGCAUCAACUUUGACCUUUUCGACGAUGUAGUUCCCAAGACUGCCGAAAACUUCCGCGCCCUCUGCACUGGCGAGAAGGGCUUCGGCUACAAGGGCUCCAAAUUCCAUCGCGUGAUCCCCAACUUCAUGCUCCAAGGUGGCGACUUCACCCGCGGCAACGGCACCGGAGGCAAGUCCAUCUACGGCGACAAGUUCGCCGACGAGAACUUCAAGCUUCAGCACGACCGACCCUUCCUCCUCUCCAUGGCCAACGCCGGUCCCAACACCAACGGUUCCCAGUUCUUCAUCACCACCGUCAUCACCUCAUGGCUCGACGGCAAGCACGUCGUAUUCGGCGGCGUCCCUGAUGGCGAUGUCGAGUCGUACAAGGUUGUCCGAGCUAUCGAGGCAUGCGGAUCUGACAGCGGUGCUAUCAAGGACAAGAGCAAGCCACCUACCAUUGUUGCUGCUGGCAUCCAGUAG